GGCCUUUCCUCACGUGUGAUUGCUCGUCUUCGAGCGCAAAACAUCACACACCUUUUCCCGGUUCAACUGGCGGUUCUUCCUCGAUUACUGAAAACCCGGUACUCAUCGGCAUCUAUACCCCUCGGGGACCUCUGCGUCUCUGCACCUACCGGUUCAGGGAAAACUUUGGCGUACGCAUUACCGAUCGUAGAGUCGUUGGUGGAUCGGGUGAUCCCUCGCGUGCGAGCGUUGAUCGUACUUCCAACCCGCGAUUUGGCAGCACAAGUCAAGAUGACAUUUGAUUGGUUGUUGCGGGGCACGGAGGUUCGUGCUGUUUUGCUUACUGGACAGACGUCUUUCGCUUCCGAGCAGUCUCAACUGGUUGCAGCCGAUGAGUGGGACGUAGCGACGGAAACGCUGGGGAGUAGUAGAGUUGAUAUCGUGAUUGCGACCCCCGGUCGUUUGAUCGACCAUCUCAAGGGGACCGAGGGGUUUACGUUGAAACAUCUACGGUUCCUGGUUAUCGACGAGGCAGAUCGCUUGUUAAAUCAAAGUUAUCAGGACUGGUUGACCCAAGUCCUUCACGCGGCCAAAGGACGGACAUCUACGGAGGCAGAUGAGCUCGGUCGUGUCGCAAUAUCAGACCCUACCGAAAAGAUUGAGAGGCUGGGAUAUACAUUAGGGGAGAACGGACGUCCGCUCCACACCGUCAAAACGCAUAGGCAUCCUCAUCUGAGCUCCGGCUCGGAAGCACGAACUAAUAGACACGACGACAUCAUACGCCACUACACACCGCUCCAAAAGCUACUCUUCUCUGCCACUCUGACCAGGAAUCCUGCAAAGAUUGCGUCGCUGCAGCUUUUCCAACCCACGUACAUUGCUGUCGCGUCAUCGGAUGGAGCAGAAAAUGAAGAUCGCACGGACGACGCACGAUACGUGGCACCAACAGGGCUGGAAGAACGACUUGUGGUUUGCCCGUCCGCCGGUGACAAGCCUCUGAUGCUGUUACACAUUCUGUAUAAUUUGAAGGCGACGGGAGUUUUGGUUUUCACCAAUUCUGUGGAAUCUGCGAACCGGCUGGCCGCUUUGCUCCAGAUCUACGAUCACGGCAUCGGGAAGGCAACAGUCGGCGUGUUCGCCGCGGAGGCCUUCUCGUCAGACUUACCACCAGCAACGAGGCGCCGGCUCCUUGCAUCCUUUCAAAGUGGGCAGACCUCCGCAUUGAUCUGCUCAGACGUGAUGGCUCGUGGAAUGGAUCUCGGGUCAGCAGUACAGCACGUCAUAAACUAUGAGAUACCUACCCGCAUCAAGGCGUACGUUCAUCGCAUUGGACGUACUGCCAGAGCCGGUCGCAACGGAGUUGCAUGGACGAUUCUGGAGGAUAGGGAGGUUCGCUGGUUCAAAGCGGAGAUUGGCAAGAUCGACAGGGGUGCACCAGUAGCCCGAGUGAAGGUUGGGCAAGCCGACACUGAGCUGCUGGUCAAGGAUUACCAACAAUCCUUGAAGGAACUGGGAGAGCUCGUCAAGCGAAAU